AUGGCCACUGCCGUCCCACCUCCGGCACCGGCACCACCACCGCCGCCAAUCGAUCAUGCCCACCACUCCCCACCGCCGCAUAUCCGCGUGAUCCACAAAACACUCCAGAAGUCACUGAGCAACGAUGAAAUCCCGAUCCUCGAUUUUUCCGGUGGCGGGGGGAUUCCCGAGUACCACCGGAAGCGGCUGAAGCUACACGGCACGAUAUCAAGGCAGCAGGUGCGGGAGGCUUUUGCACAGUUUACGCGUGCGGCUGGGGCGGGAGAGGAAGAGGGAGUGCAGGGAGAAGAACAACAGGACGGAAUCCAGGAGGAAGGGGAUGUCGAGAUUUGGGAGCAUAGCUCUGUGCCUGGCCUCCAACUAAUCCCUUCCCUCCUCCCGCUCUCCAUCCAGUCCACCCUCCUGACAGCCCUCCUCACCACCUCCCUCAGCGAUACUUCCACGCACAAGACCAACCUCCACGCGCACUACACGCUGCCCACACCGUGCAACUUCUUCACGCUCCCAUCCACCACCGUCCUCUCCCCCCUCACCUCCAUCCACAAGCCGAUAACACUUGCCCAAGCCCUCUCCAAAAAGCUCCGCUGGGUGACCCUUGGCGGGCAAUACGACUGGACGCUGAAGCAGUACCCCACCGACACGCCCCCGGAGUUCCCCGCAGACGUGGCCGGGCUGGUAUCCGGGUGCUUCCCUGAAAUAGUCCCGCAGGCGGCGAUAGUAAACCUUUAUUCCCCCUCGGACACUUUAGCACCGCACAGGGACAUCUCCGAGGCGUCGGGCGCGGGGCUGGUGAGCGUUAGCAUCGGGUGCGCGGGGAUAUUCGUUAUCGGCUGCGAUGGGGAAGAGGAGGGUGAGGUGUUGGCUGUAAGGCUGAACUCGGGGGAUGCGGUGGUGAUGGCGGGGAGCAGUCGGUGGGCGUGGCAUAGUGUUCCGAAGAUUCUGGCGGGGACAUGUCCCGUGGGGCUGGAGCAAUGGGAUGGCGGGAGUGACAGCUGGAAGGGAUGGAUGAGAGGGAAGAGGGUUAACCUCAAUGUCAGGCAGAUGUGGGGUUAA